AAACGGGUUGAGUAUAAAUUCAUCUCAUUCAUUUGCGUGGUAAAAUAAAAAUAAUGGUAUUUUUAUUUUAUUCGCGUAAUAAUGUCAAGGAAUGACAGAUUAAGGUUAUAUCCCGGAUGAAUUUAAAAAUAAUUCAAUUAAAAUUAGACCAUGAAUACUCGUUAAAGAAGUAAAAAAAAUAAUUGAAAUGGCUUUACUCGGCGCACAAUUAGUUAUAACCCUUAUUAUGGUAUCAGUAAUACAGAAAUUCAGCAAGUAUUCGUUUGCUCGAUGGUUAUUAUGCUCCCAAGGGUUGUAUCGGUACUUAUAUCCAGAUAACAAUGAAUUAAAAACACUAGCUGGUGUUCCAAAGGAUAAGCCAAAGGGCAAAAAAAGUGGAAAAUCGGAGAAUGGAAAGCCUGAAACUUUUCAUGUGCCUCGUAGCUUGGAGCUGCAGCUCGAGACUGCACCCGUUACUGCUCUAGAUGUUGUUCAUUUGAGGUUUUAUGCUGAAUAUUUGUGGAUUGUUGAUUUUUCUUUAUACACAAGCAUUGUCUAUGUCUUGUCGGAGAUUUACACAGGGAUAUUCCCACUGAAGGAUGAGUUCAAUCUGAGCAUGGUUUGGUGCUUACUUGUGGUGCUUUUUACAUUUAAAAUCUUACUGUCACUAACAAAGCAGUACUUUACAAGUGAGGAGUCUAUAGGAGAGAGGUCUACAUGCAUUGUGGCAUUCUGCGUCUUCCUGCUGAUAGCAAUGAUGGUGUUAAUUGUUGAUGAAUCUAAUCUAGAAGUAGGUGUAGAUCCAGCGUAUGACAGUUUCUAUGAAAAUGCAUCUAAGUUCCUGGAGAAUCAAGGAUUAUCAUCUGUAGGGCCGGCUUCAAAACUGAUAUUGAAGUUGUCUCUGGCAGUGUGGGCGGCUAUCAUUGGUACACUGUUUACUUUCCCCGGACUGAGGGUUGCCAGGAUGCAUUGGGAUUCAUUGAGAUAUUAUGAUGAUAAUAAAUUGAAAGUUUUACUUCUGAAUAUAAACUUUGCGAUGCCCUUUGUGCUGGUCCUGCUGUGGGUCCGUCCUAUCACCAGACAUUAUUUGACUGUUAGGGUGUUCAGUGGAAUGACUUCACCUCUUAUGACAUCACAAGCAUUUGACACACUCCGUCUGUUGCUGGUUGUGGUGACAGUGGUGAUCAAGUUAGUGCUGAUGCCGCGACAGCUGCAGGCAUACCUCGACAUGGCGCAGAGGAAACUCGACUCGCAGAAGAAGGAGGCUGGCAGGAUUACAAACAUUGAUUUACAGAAAAAGAUAGCCUCAGUAUUUUACUACCUGUGUGUGGUUGCGCUGCAGUACUUGUGCCCUAUCAUACUGUGCCUGUUCCUGACGCUGAUGUACAAGACGCUGGGCGGCUACAGCUGGACUGGCCUGCUCUACGACAGUGAGCCAGCGGUCAGGACAUUAGGACAGGAGAGUAGGACGAUGCCUAGUACACUGGACGUGGAGGGCAUCGAACAGUAUCAGAUGGCGUGGGAGAAUCUAAAGAUGAUAUUCACUGUGGAGGUGCACCGCGGGCUGCUGGGGUUCGCAAGUUGGUGGUGCUGCUUCGCCUGGUUCCUCACCACCUCGCUGGGCACCAUGUACCAGUCAUACUUCAGGAUCUCAUGAACACCACUCUGUCUACUCUCACUAACACCUUCAAUGCCACGAUUUCUAUGUUUUAAAGGAAUUAUGAAAUCAGUGGCACUGAAAAUGUUAUUUUUAUAACGUGGUAUAGAGGUUGUUAUAUAUUGGCAGCUCUAAACACAUGCUGUAGGAGCGCACUGUUACGAGCCGCCAAGAUAUUUGAAUAGAAGUAUACCGUGAAAUUGUACGGUCGUGGACACUUGUUAUGACCCAUAUUGUUGUAUCUGGUUUUUAUAAGAGAAUGAAGAAUAAAAAACAUUGAUUUUGUACAAGUGCUUCGACAAAGGAAACUCGGUUUGGCGUUUGAGUUGGCACGUCGAAUAGUAAAGUACGCGUGUUCUCGACGUGCCAAAUCAAUUGCCAGGUACAAUAUUGUUUGUUUUUGUAAGCUAGGCUUUAGUUUGUGUUGUGAAUUUUUGAAUAUUUAUAUUAAUUAAGGGUAAAGAACAAUUUAAAAAAUCGCUAAAUAAGAUUAACAUAUUUUG